AUGCCGAGGUGUAGUACUUGUUCGUUAGAUUUAACGUCAAUUAAAGCUUUAAUAACUCAUAUAUCUGUGAAUCACAGUGAUGAGUUAAAUAAGUAUGACUGUGAUGAAAGAGGCUGUAAUUCAAGGUUUGAUAUUCUUAAUUCUUAUCACAAGCAUUUGCGAGUUGCCCAUAAAUUUCCAUCACAGCCUCCAUCGACUAAUAAUCUACAUCAUUCUACACUUACUCGAAAUGAGACUAUUUUGUCUAAUAGAAUUGAAAAUGAAUCAGAAACCGGGACAAAUAACAUAAGUUGCAAUGAAACAUGCGAAAAUUCUGAAUCUUGUGAUAUAAAUACGGUAAAUUUUAAGUGUGAACUAGAUAAAGCAGCCGAAAGAUUUGUUGCAAAAUUAUAUGCUAACCCACGCUUGCCACGUAACAUUGUUCAAACGAUUGUGGAAGAUACGCAUAUUUUUAUAGGUGAUAAAUUCUUAGGACUAUUAGAGUCAUCGGUGGACACUACUCAUUCAAAAUUGAACUGUCCGUCUGAUAAUCACAACAAAAUCAAAAAACCAGUUUCGUACGUAAUUGAUCGAACAUUUGUGGUAACAAAAAACAAAGAUGGAACUAUCGGUAAAUAUGUUGACAUAAGUGGUCAAUAUAUUCCACUCACUCUUUCAUUUAAAACAUUUUUUGAAACAAACAAUACAUUAGAUAUAGUUUUAAAUUAUAUGUCAAGUUUAGAGAGCGAUACAACGGUUAUAGAAAAUUUCAUUCAAGGUAAAUUAUGGGCUGAAAAACGUUCUAAAUAUUCUUAUAAUGAUAUUGUCAUCCCUUAUUUUUUAGCCGGUGAUGAUGUAGAAGUCAAUAACCCUCUAAGUUCUCAUUCAAGCAAAGUUAUGCCUAUUUACGCGUCAUUUCCAUGCUUACCGCCUGAGUGUAGGUCUCAACUGACAAACAUUUUACUAGUUCUUAUUUACGAUUCAUGGAUACGUGAUAGUAAUAAAAAAAAUCGCACAUACGAUAUUUACCGACCGCUUAUACAAGGAAUUAAAUAUUUAGAAAAAAACGGCAUUGAAAUAAAUACAUCUACGGGUAAAAAAAAAAUUUAUUUCGUUUUGGGUCUUAUACAGAGAGAUAAGUUAGGGUUGCAUGGAUUGUUAGGUUUUACAGAAUCGUUUGCAGCUACACACUAUUGUAGGUUCUGUAAGAUGAAAAAGAAUGAUUGUAAAAAUGCACUUAUUAUUCCUUGUGAAUUGAAGCGAAAUAAUGUAAACUAUGAGCAAGAUUGUUUAGCAAACAAUAUUUCAAUUACAGGUAUAAAAGAAAAAUGUGUGUUUAACGGAAUAGAAUCAUUUCAUUGCACUAAAAACUAUUCUGUUGAUGAAAUGCACGAUGUACGAGAAGGUAUUGCUCAUGACGAUUUAAUUGCGAUUCUCCGGAAAUUAACUUUUGAAAAAAGUGAUUGUUACUCAUUCCCUUUAUCUGAAUUAAAUGAUCGAUUAACAAUGUAUGACUAUGGACCAAUUGAUUGCUCAAAUAAGCCUCCUUUGAUCAGAGAAGAAGAUAUUAAAAAUGAGUCAAAACUAAAGAUGACUGCGUCAGAAUUAACCACAUUUGUAAAAUUAUUUGGUAUUCUCAUCAAAGAUUUAGUUGAUAAAAGUAAUCCUUGUUGGGAUUUAUAUGUUUUACUGCCGGAAAUAUUCGAUUUUACUUUAGCGAAAAAAGUAACGAAAGAACAAAUUUUAGAACUAAAUCUUUUCGAUUACUGUAAUUUACCUAAUGUUUUACGAGAUAGAAAUAUAUCAGUCACUAAAUGGGUCGAAUUCAAAAACAUUAAGUAUACUCCAAAAAUGCUUGUAUUAGUGAGAUAUGAAAAUUUGAUGCCUGUUUUUGCGGAAAUAGAUGCCAUUGUUACUGUAAAUGAUAAUGUAAAUAAUGUAUAUUUACUUUGUAAUUAUUUAAUAGUUCUUGGAUAUCAUGAACAUGUUGUAGGUUAUGAAGUUAUGCGUUCAAAUUCAGUUGUUUGGAUUAAUAUUGAAGAUUUACGUAAUAUUUUUUCCUUAUUUGUACAUACAUCCUUAGACGACGAACUUUAUGUUAUCUUAAAUUAUACUAAAUAUUAA